AUGUCCACCGCUAUCCUCCUCCCCAAUUCGUCCCUGCAGAACAUGAUCCCUGCCUCGCCCGACCCCACUCCCCUUCGCAUGCUCGCCUUCUCUGUCGCGGAAGCGGCGCUCUCGUCGGACCCCAACUCGCCCAUGUUCAUCUCGGAACACAAGGAGGCGUUCUCGGCGGGAUGGAAGGAGUGGAACGGAGGCGUCAAGACGGUCGCGCAGCGCAGGGGAAAGGUCUGGGAUGUCGUGGAGAAGGCAAAGGAGCGCAAGGAGCGAAGCAACUUUAUUGAGAACGCCGCUCCUUCGCCUCCUAUCGCCUCGCCGAGCGCGUACAACUUUACCCUCCCGGCUACCUCUCACCUGGCGGCCAACAUCGCUCGUCAGCAGUCAACCACGGUCUGCAAGCCCACUACGCCGUUCACCAAGCGGCAGUCCGUGCACUAUGAGACACAAUCGGCCGAACCCUCCCCUACUCGCUCCACCUUCUCGGGCUUAGACCAGAAGCGUCCCCCUCCCGAGUUCGUACCCCGUCUUUCUGCGGUGCAAUUCGUCCAGGAGGCGCAAAAGGUCUCGGUCGACGUUGCUGCUGUGCGCGAGCGCCGGCGUAGCUCCAUUGAGCCGUUGAGCACUGCAGCGCUGGCUCAGCACACCGCUGAGACCGCUACAGUGCCCCCUGCCCGGCCAGUGCGCCGAUCUCGCCUCCCCAGCCUGCAGCAGAUCCAGGCUAAGGUCUCGGGCACUGGCCGCCUUCGUCGGUCCGGCUCGGACGGCGCUCUGCCUGCUAUCCGCCCCACGUCGCCUCGUACCCAGUCAAUCGACUCGGUCGACUCGGUCGAGAUCCUCCAAACACCUACCGACGAGAUCCCCAACCCUCUUCUCAACCGCCGCUUGGCCCUUCAGCGUAUCAUGCAGAAGCGCCCGGCUACUCCGCCCAGCCCGGUCGGGAAUGAGCCCCGGCUCUCGUCUUUCCUCCGGGAACGCACGAACGGGCGUCUCGCCAGUGUGUCCAAGGGGGACGAGUCCCGCACGACUCCGGACAAGCUUUCCAAGCCUGUCCUCAAGGUCACUCCGCCUUCGCUGGAGAACCGCCCGGCCGUUCCACCACUACACCUCGGCCGUGCUACGCAGGUCUCCCCUACAAAGGGUACCUUCGCCUUCCAGUCGGGAUUCUCGACACCCACCGAAUCCCGCUUCGCCAACCCCUUCUCCCACCUCUCCACCCCGCCCCCUCGGACCGGCGCCUCCUCGCCUGUUUCACCUACCGCAUCGAUCCGGUCACUGCGGUCCGGGUCUUCCGGUAUGGCUGGCUCCCCCACGCUGCCGCCGAUCAUCACUUGCACUCCGGCGCCGGGCGCGGAUCACGAGUCGGACAGUGGGUCAGAGGCGAGCGAGGAGAUACUCGUAUGGCAUCCCGAGACGGAGGAGCUGGAGCGUGCCGAGCGGGAGAUGAUGGGGAUGGCGAUGCGGGAUAAGCUCUCGCGUCGCCGCUCUUCGGGCUUGGUGUGA